AUGGCUGACCCCCGGGAAUUCAAUAUGCAGGAGCCGUACCAGGAGCAGUUAAGAGGGGGAGAACAAGAACCCCCGACGAGCCCAAAUGCGACUCCUGGGGCCCAGCCAUACCCCCCAGGAAUCCAAACCCUGUGGCCAUGUUCCACCGCAGAAACCGGAUGCCUCUACGAGCUGCGACAACGAACUAUGGUCGGACUGUGCCUGGGACGAGACCACUGGCUGGGCCAUACCCAGCAAGUCGGCCUCUGUCCCUGGAAUGAGCGGUGCUCUUUACCGGAAGUUGGUGUACGCCUCCCGAUUACUCCCAAGCAGAAACCAGGAGUGAACACGCUAUUCUUCGCUCUCCGCGAUGUUGAACACCUUUCCGGCCCUGGCUGUCGAUACCCGGGCGCUUAUCACGGCCACCGGAUCUCUAUGCAGGAGAUGAAAGGCUGCGACACGGUGCAGGCUCUUAUUCCAGGCAGCGGGGAUCGAGCAGGCCACUGGCCGCCGCCAUAUCAUCUUCCAUUCGAGCGCGACGGCGAUGGCGAGGGCAGAUUCGUUCUCUCCGGCCUGGCAGACUCACUGGGAUCUCGGUCUGAUGUGAUACAAGUUUACCCUGAGCGCUACGAUAUCCGGGUGAUACAUGUGGCAAAUCAAUUUGUAGACCCUCCCAGCCCAGCAGAGGCAGAGGUCCUCUUCCACCCCUGGUGCUUUGGGGUCUUCCGCCAGCUGUGUCGCUCCAAGCUGGGCUACCUGCCACUCGACAAGUUCUACAGCUUCUUCCACAAUCUGGAGCCCAGUCCACCAUCAGUACUGCUGUCGAUUUUCCCCUACGAGUACCGCCAAUGGAUUCACUAUCCCGGAGACGAGUGGCUGGUCACGAACCCCUUCGGCGUGGACCAGCUUCGGAAGAUCUUCAACAACGCCAUGGAUCCUGAAUGUGACCAGUCUUCUGGUAUACCAGGCCCAGCCCGCGGCCCAUUCCCCAACCUCCCCAUGGAGAUCCGAACCAUGAUAUUCUCAUACCUCACCUACCACGAUGUCCACGCCCUCCGCCUUGUUUGCCGGGAGUUCUCCCACCUCCCUCCCCACAUCUGGUUCUCCGUCCUUUGA